AUGGAGGAACCCUCGACUCCCCUGGCCGACUACUUCUGGAUCGCCGGAGUAGAGUCGAUAUCCCAUGACGAUGGGCUGCAGCCGAUGCACCUUCCUGUCGGCUCCACCAUUUGCGAGCAUGGCGAGCCCGACCCAAACUCCUUCAAUGGCCAGCCCAAGACGACCGCUGCACGCCACUCGCGCCAGAGCUCCGCCAAUCGCCUGUCCAAGAUUUCCGUCGACGGCCGCUUCUCGAUCAGCACGCUCGACGAGCUCGAUGGUAAUACCAGGAGCAACAGGAGCAGCGCCACGAUAAAGCCUGUCCGCCGCUCGGGAUCCAAUGGCGCUGCCACCAACGGUGGCCUUCCUGCGGACGCCGCCCACGUCCCCCAGAUGGGCGACUUCGACUUCGACUCGGCCCUCAUCAAGUUUGCCGCCGAGCGCGAGCAUUUCCUCGAUGACCUGUCCUUCUCAGCCGGUGCAAAGACGCAGGCGAGACCACCCAUGGUCAAUCCUCGUGCCGAGCGUAUACGUGCCGAGGAGAGCGCGUCGAGCGGCAGGGUCAGCCCCUUGAAGAGCCUCAAGGGCAGCAUCCGCCGCAAGAUCAGCUUUAGGGACAUGAACAGCAUGCGCAAGCAGCCCAGCUCCGCUAGACAGGCCUCUGUGCGGACGACAAGACGCCUCAGCAACUACAACUCUGUCAUUCCUCCCCCAGAACCCUUGAAUACAGACCCCGACAUGCAUCCCCUCAAGAGGCGCUUCGAGCCCGUGCUCCUUGACCGAUACCCACCAAAGUCUGCCAUAGACGAGAUCCCCAAGCGUGGCAAGUUUCCCGACUACGUCCCCAUGUUCGCCUUCCCAAACGACAUCCAGAUUGUCUCGUCCGACGAUCGACCACGCUCGACAUGGCAUGGCUUUACCAUGACUUCGGACGACAACUCCAAGCUUUACGGCAUCACCAUCAUCAUAUGGACAGCUCUCACGGCCGACGUGGCCGACGAGAUUGAGACAAAGUGCGAGCAAUGGCGCCAGAACCACAUGUCCAAUGAGGAACGGGAGCUAGCAGCGAGCUUGGGGGUGCGCCUGGCUGGCGAACGGUCACAUCUCUCCCACCUGCUGUCAAAACUCCCGACAAUUCCUUCUGGAUCCCCGGCCCGCGACAGACUCGAAGACGAGAUCGGCUCCGUCGAAGAGAAGAUUGCCCUCAUGACGGACAUGCUACGGCCCUUGAGACACGGUGCCGCCUCUAAGAUCGAGGGCCUCACCGCCGGCGAGAGCGGCCUGUGGAUACCGCGCGCAUACGGCAUCCUAGGCAGAGACGCUGCCAACAUGAGCUUUUGGAAGGAAUGGCUCAAGUCCAUUCUUGUCCCCAUGACCGAUGGCAGCGUUCUGCGGGUGCCCCCGAGCUCCCCCAAGGUGGGCCGCUGGCAGCCCUUGGAACGCUACGUCGUCAAUUUCUGCACAGAGGCCUUCAGUCCCCUCGGGUCCAAGACGCAGGUGGAGCUGGGCGUUAGAGAGCUGAGGCUCUACUCGCGCAAGGAGGGCAGCAACGAACUGCCGGGGUCCAGGACCAUCGACCUUUACGCCCUUUUCAGAUGUCUGUCUCUGGAGAACAUUGUGGCGCUCUUCGAGUACGCAAUGUCCGAGUCACGCAUCAUCUUCCUUUCGUCCCAUACCAGCAUGCUGCAUCUGGCUUGCCAUGCGCUGGUCAACUUGCUGUAUCCUUUCAAGUGGGCCAGCAUCUUCAUCCCCGUCUUGCCCGCGAGACUCAUCUCGGCCCUCGAGGCCCCGUGUCCCUAUAUUGUCGGCGUUGAGCGCCGUUAUGAGAGAAUCGAGCUGCCCGAGGACGACUACGUUCUCGUCGACCUGGAUCAGGACACCAUCGACGCCACCUCUCAGCCGCAUCGGCUGCCGAGGCCACAUCGACGGAAGCUCAUGUCGCUUUUGCAGGUGGCAGCGUCUCAUACCCUACGCUUCGGGGUGUCUGUCGGCCCGCCUCCGUACGCCAUCGAGUCGUUUCCCUACGAUUCCUUCUCAUCCGAAAACGGCUCCGUUUUCUCCCCAACUCCCCCGCCGGCCACCCUGGGCAAAUGGGUCUCUCAAAACUCGUCCAGUUUCGCCGAGCCGGACCCUGCCGACCAAGUCCACCCUCCCGUCUUCAAUGCCUUCACCGUCUCCGCUGUUGACAGCGCAAAGCCCGACCGGCCUGGAACGAGCAAGUCGAGCAGGACCAGCCCCGAAUCCUCGGUUUCCCCGGCUUCUACCAAGUUUCCGCCCAUGCCCACCACUCCACUGUCGCGCAGCGAUUCCGGCUUUGCCCUGACAGCCACUCUACGCGAAAAGCGCUCGGGGCACUUUGGUGAGGAAAAGGGUCGCCGAAGCUCAUCAUUUGGUCUGGACAAGUUCCAUCCAACCCACCGACCGGGCGUGCCCUUCCUCAACGGGCACCAGCCCAACGCCUCCAUCUCGGGCAUCUCAGUCGACUCGCAGUCCUCGUUUGGAGGCGGCUAUGCACCGUCCACGUACGCGCAGUCGACACUGGCCGCCUCGACCAUUAUGCCCAACAUGCAGAUCCAGCCUGUGCACAACACGGAGUCGACGAUGUGGGUGGAGGGUCACUGCUUCGAUCUCAACCCUCGGGACUCGUCUUCGGCAUGCACUAUUUGUGACGAUCGGCCCGACGGCGACGGCAUCUACCAGUGUGCGUCUUGCAAGACCUUGGCGCACGGCAGGUGCCUCGGCCAGGUGUCGCUCGUGUGCCCAGAAGCCUUCCAUGCGGACCGAGUCAGGGCCGCAUUCGUGCGGUGCAUGGCCAGCCUCAUGUACACGUACCGCAAGCAUCUUGGUCGGCCAUCGAAGCAACAGAAGAGCAACGGCCAGCUGUACGCCUUUGACAUGGAUGGAUUCAUCCGGGGCCUCCCGCAUGAUCAGCAGGAGUAUGCCACAAUGCUGCGGGAUACACAGGCCUUCAACGAGUUCAUCCACCACCGCGAAACGCUGGCACCGAUGGAUCCGACUGUUCGGCUGUUCGACGAGAUCAUCAUGGCGAAGAAGGCCCGCGGCCGCCCUGGCCUCCCCUCGGGCCUGUCGCGCCUGUCGACAAUCCGAGCGUCUCAUGGCGCGUCGGCCAACGCCUGGAACAUGGCACCGCCGUCACGCAGCGCAGCCAGCAAAGCCCCCGCCUACUUGGCGGACAAAUCCGACCACAUCUGGCGCACUGCUUCGGUGCCUCUGCCCAAGGGCAACUUCCCUGGCGAGUACCGCUCAGUCGUCACCCGCGUCCCAUCCCGUCUCGACCGCUCCCUCAUGCGCGAGCCACGCGCCAUCCAAGGAGUGCCUCGCCUGGAGCAGAGGGGUGCCAGGGGCCUUGUCCGCAAGCAAGUACCCAGCAUGCUCGGCAUGACGCCGCCGGCAUGA